AUGGUCGAGAAGCUCGUGCAGCCGUCGACGGAGCUCUGGACGCUUCGCAACUCGGCGGCGCUGGUAGCAUCGGGCUUGCUCAGUCUCUCGUCGGUGCCGACGUGGAUUGCCACCACGCUUGCGGCGCCUGUCGUCCCGACGCUCGUGGCGCUCGUUUGGGAUGAGAACCCGCUUGUCGACGCGGCGCUUGUCUCGGCGCUCGCUGUGGGCCUCACGGACGCCACCAACAAGGUCGCCAAACGCAUAGCGAUGCGCGUCGUCAAGCGCCUGACCAAAAUCGCCGCGAAGCGUGUGCGCGAGCACUUGGCCCUCGCGGAGUACCUCGCAAGCGCCGAGCAAGGCAAGCUCCUCGUCGAGUACGCCCGCCGUGUUCCCUCCAAUCUCAUGCUCAAGCUCAACGAAGACGACAGUGACGACGAAGGUGUUGGGACCUCGUGGCAGUCGCCCAUUGGGCCAAGCUCUGGCCGUCCGCUGAUUGGACGCCAGACUGGCCAAUAGGCGCUGCUCCAAUGUAUUGGUCCAGCAGUAGCUUGUAAAAGCUCA